GGUGGGACAGGCACUCCGGUUACUCGUCUGCAGCUCGCAUGGCUCUCGGGUGGCCGGAGGGUCUCGAAUAUCUGGUCGGCCUAGGCUGCGAUGUUCGCGGAGCGCUUGACCCGGCUUGCCGUCGCGGGGACCUCGAUUCGGUUCGCAAAAUUCUCCGAACACCGACGGCCCUAUUCUCCCCCCAGAAAGACCCCCUCGCCCUUGUCGAGGCGUUUCGGUUUAGGCUCCCGAUCUUCUCCUUGGCGGUUACUGAGCUGGCCAGCCGGCGCAGGAUGCUGAACAACCUCGCAUUGGAAAUCCUAGAACACGACCAAUGCGCGGAAUUUGGCCUCUUCCCAGGCAAGAUUCUAGUGCGGCAUUCGGCGCAAGUAUACGAAGCAAUAACGGGGAAAUAUCAUGCGGUCGAAAUCCCGGAAAGUUUCCACUGCCAUUCAAGAUUUUCUACGUACGAGUUUUUGCUUGGCGUCGGAUGGCAAUGGACAGAGCCUUUUGAAAGCUGGGCACGUCUCGAUUUUCUCCUCCGGGCUGGCUUCGACGACGUAAAUGCGCCAGACGAAUCCGGCGAAACAGUCCUAUUCAAGUUGCGCAAGCAUUCCGGUUCCGAUUCCAAUUCCUGGUCCAUCGUUCUUUGGCUGCUCCACCACAGCGAACAAAGAACCUUUCCUGCCGAAAUUGUCGAGAAGAACCGGACCCAUCCUGGCAUUCAGUUUCACAUCGCAGGCGCUAUUGGGAUGACGCAGAUAGAGAUCAGGACCUGGCAGAGAAAUCCGUGCUUGGAAUCUUCCCAGCAAGCCAAAACGGUACUCAAGGCCUCGGAUGCAACUGUCACCGAUGGCUGUGUCUGCUUUUGUUCAUCCAGCUAUGGCUGCUCAGCUCGUAGGUUAUGCACUUCCCGCGGCUGCUGCUCACCCGGGGGAUGCUUGCCGAAUUACAUGUUCAAAGCAUCCCUUACGACCUACAAGGAUGUCUCCCUGGACUACAGUAAGAGAGAGGUGCCCGCUGCGAUCUUGUUCCAAGCUAGGAACGAAGCGCUGCACAAAUGGGCCCGGUGGUGUGGGAUAUCAGGCAUGGAGGAGGAGGAGUACUACCUCCAAGCCUGCCGGCUAGAAUUGUUCGAAAGAUUCGAGAUGGCGCACACUUGCUGCCUAAGCCAAACGCCAACUUUGGACCAAACGUGGCUGCAACACCGCAUUUGCCCGGAUGAGUCUGAGCGGUCCGAAAUGCGCGAAGAGGACUCGGACUCGGCCCGCUAUCUCGAAGCUAUGCUCCAGGAGUACCGGCUAGCCCGUUGGAAAUAUCGUGGGAAACCGGUGUAUGUUCGCAGGGUUAAGGGCUACUCGGCAAUGUGCUUUUGGGAUCUGUGGCUGGAGGCGGUUGACAUGGUGUUGCCACUUCCCACCGAUGAACCCUCGCACCCUCACGACAAAACCUUCAACGAAAUUCUCGAGAAGCACUUCAGAAUGGUUCACAGAACGCUGGAACUUAUUUUUCAUGCGCAUCGUGUUCAAACCACCACAUUUGUCGCGGCUCGACGAAGGUCCGCGAGGGCAGCGAAGCUGCUAACAAAUAUGGGGCAAAAUCGAUUGAACUAUCGGUUCAAAAUAUGGAUGAGACAAAGAAUUAGCUACGCGGAGCGGAAACUGAGAUGGCAGAUAGCAGAAAGAGAUUUGGGAACGGCGAUGAAGUUGCGCAAGAAAAUGAGACGGAAGCUGGAAGAAAAGGAAAGAAAUAGGGCGUCGGGGAGGAUAGCCAGACAAGAACGGGCUUGGAGACGACCAAGACAGGCAAUCAGGCACACGCGAGGGAUCCAGACCAGGCACCGAUACGGAAGAUGGAUUCUGUGGGUGGGAUUCAAGAAGUGGGCCAAGGCACUGGGAGAGCUUCACUAGAGAUUGAAUUAGGAGGCUUGUUUAUUUCACCAAGAAUAAAGGCGUUACGGGAGACCCCUCCCUCCAUCAG